UUGGCAUUACAUGUGUAUUAAGGCAUUAGCCACAGCUGCUGUUGUAGAUGCUGCAGAUAGCGCUGGCGCAACUAAUUGCCACUGACCGUGACAGCUCAGUGGCUCACUGGCUGUAAAUUUUGUGGGCUUUGCAGUUGUUUAGUUGCUCAAAUGCGGUGUCUGGCUAUAUAUACUUCACUAGUCUUUAGUGUGAGCUUGAGCGCGGCAAGCUAUUUGGAGGAUGCCUUUCCAGCGAGCGUGCGGGAGGAUGCAAAGCUUACAACGCUGCAACUGCUCACCAAGUACAAUUAUCCUGGAGCGGAGUAUGCGGUCACCACCGAGGACAACUACAAGCUGCACAUGCAGCGCAUACCGAGGCAUGGCGCCUCGCCCGUGCUGCUCAUGCAUGGGCUGGAAGAUUCCGCCGACACGUGGCUGCUGAUGGGUCCGCAUAGCGCACUCGGCUAUUAUCUGUACGAUGCUGGCUACGAUGUCUGGAUGGGCAAUGCGCGUGGCAAUCGCUACUCACGCGGGCAUACGCAGCUCAAUCCGAGUGUGGAUCGAGCUUAUUGGAAUUUCUCAUUCCAUGAGAUUGGCUACUAUGAUCUGGCGGCCAAGAUUGACUUUGUGCUGCAGCAGACGGGCAAGUCGAAGCUGAGCUAUGUGGGUCACUCGCAAGGCACCACCAGCAUCUUUGUGCUGACCUCCAGUCGACCCGAGUACAAUGAGAAGCUGCAUGUGAUGCUCACAGUGGCGCCAGUGGCAUAUACCACGCACUUGAGAAUUCCCAGGAUAGCUGAGCUGCGCACUAUGCUCAAUGUGAUUGGCGAUCAAUUUGAGCUAUUUCCGCAUCCGAUUAAGGUCACCGAUUCGUGCUUGCUGUCGGCCAAGACAGUGGAGAGCUGCAUGAAUUUGCUUUCGCAGUUCCUGGGCAAGAACUAUGCAGAGUUCAAUUUUACCAUGUUUCCAGUUAUAUUGGGUCACAUACCCGCGGGCGCCAGCAGCAGACAAUUCAUUCACUAUCUGCAAAUGCAGCAAUCGAAUCGCUUCUGUCGCUACGAUCUGGGCAAGCAGAAUCAGCGCGUCUAUGGGCGUGCCACGCCUCCGGAGUACCCAGUGGAGCGCAUUACAGCGCCCGUAGCUUUGUUCUAUGCCAAGAAUGAUUUCCUCAGCGCCGUUGAGGAUGUGCAGCGUUUGGCCAAGCGGCUGCCGAAUCUUGUCGAGAAUCAUUUGUAUUCGUAUAAGAAAUGGAAUCAUAUCGACAUACUGUGGGGCAUAAGCGCCAGGCGUGUGGCACAGCCACGUAUGUUGCAAGUGCUGCAGCAUUGGGAAAGUGGACAGCAGACGCCGCUGCCGCCAGACAGCAGCAGCAGCAGUCUCGAGGAGGCGGAGACCGAGACGGAGCAGGAGCAGCAGACGGACGAGCAGUUGCCCUGAGUUCGGUUUUUUCAAUUUGGUGUUGGUGUUUAUUGUUGUUGGUGCCUGUCAUUGAAACAUUGAAUAUUAAUUAUAGUUAUGUUGGCUGCCACACUGA